AUGGCGGCCACGGCAACGCAACAGCAGCCCAUGUCCAUUACACGAUGGAUCCCCAGCCUGCCGGCCAUGCUGAUGAAUCCCUUUGGAAUGGCGGAACCCGACAACAGCAGCAAGAACAGCGAUGACCAAAAAGACAAUGUCGCUGUCCGAGUCAAUGGAAUCCCAAAAGGCGACCAGCCAGUAGAGAGUCGACCUCCGCUGCAUUCCACCUUUUCAUUUGGCGAAAGUGAUGCUUCUCCCUCCCCGAGUCGCACGAGCCGGAGUAGCUUCUUCGCCGAACCGGAAACCACGAAUAGUCUCAGUGCAGGAUCCCGCGAAGGUAGCAUUGACGGGAAACGAUUAAGCAGAGGGAGACCAAAGACCCAUUUCUCCGUGUGCCAUGCGCCUCCCGAAUCGCGCACCCGACAACGACUCCAUCGAAGGCCGAGAUCUCUCCUCCAGCUUCAUCGAUUGAGGGACUCAGCCCGACCAAUGCCGGCAUUUGAAGUCGUGCCCAGCACCAACUUCUCCCUCUCACUCAAUGCGGCUGUCACACGCGUCUUCAUGACGAAGCACGGACUACACCCUCACGAUUUGGUGGUCCUCAAGGCCGAAAAGUAUAGCAUGCAAAGCGACGAGGAGGAUGAAUUGCGGGACGUCAUUGGGUUGAUCUGCAAGGGUGGUCGCAAAGAUGAUGAGAAAGUCGGUGGAGGUGGAGCUAAGAUUAUCAUGGCGGACGGCAAGACGUGGGAUGCAUACCCCAUCAGCAAUGGUGGAUAUGAGUUCAACUCGGUGGACAAGAAUGGUCUUGCUCUGACGGUCAGAUGGGUGCCGAAACGGAACAAGGAUGGCAGUACCGUGGGCAAGGAUGGACUGAGACGAUUCAACUUCAGCACAAUCUCACCCAAUACCCGCCGCCACCCUGUCAUAGCCGCACUCUCCAAAACAGCAUURGACAUUAACGACACCUACAGGCUCCCAGAUCCAUCGCCUCCCACUCCGUUGGGAACACCCAAAGCCUCGACCACAUUUCUUCAGGACGUCAUGGACGACGAGCUUGGCGAUAUCAAACAGACCUGCGAUACAGACCCUCAUCUAAGGGAACUUAUCACAAUCACAAGUAUCUUUGUCACAUUCAAAGAGAACUGGUCUCCAAGUUUCAAGUACUCUACCGAAGACUGCACUCACAAACCUUUCCCCUCCUCACCUUCGAAAUCUGCCAUGGGAAGUCCCAUGACAAGUCCUCCAGGUUCUCCGGCGUUGAGCCCGAACUUCCACCUUCAUCAUCAGCCCCUUGAGAAGAGAGGAAGCAUCAAGAGCAUAUCCUCUGGCAUCGUUCGACGUACGAGCUUGCUGAACAGCAGAAGUAAACGGAACUCUCUCGCUUCCAAUCCAGAAGAUGAUGCGCACAAUUCUCCAAGCAGAUCUAGUUCCAUUACCAACAAGAUUAAUGGCAGAGCGAGAGCGGACUCUUCAAGUACAGUCCUCGUACAUCGCGCGGCUAGCAAUCGCAGGAAGAAUAACCAACAAUGGCGCCCUGAACUUCUCGGAGCUAAAGCGGAGACAGUGCAAGAGGGCAGUCGAGAGGAUCUGUCGAGGGUAUCGGAAUCUAGGAGUAGGAAGGAUGGGGAGUUGCCUAAGCCAAGCCCUCUUGCUACCGGCAUCAUGAGCCAACGAAGUUCUUGGGAGAAGGAUGAUGAGACGAGAGGAGAGAGUGUUACCAGCGUGGGGAGUAAACGGGAGGGAAAGGGGGACAAAAAGACUGGGAAGGAGAAGAAGACUGGGAAGAAGGCUGGGAGGCUGAGGAGGUUGUUGUGUGUUAGUGGGGAUUCGAGUUGA